AUGCUAGGCUUUCGUUGGAGGCUUUUGUUUUGUUUCUUGAUCGGACUAACGUCCUUGGCUUCUGCCUUCACAACGGAAGAAUUUGAGAUGUUCCAGCUCCAAAACGAAAUUGUGAAGGUUUACAACAAUAAAGAGCUGGAUUUCUACCAACUUCUCAAACUGCCCAAGUUGAGAGAUUCCACAUCGCAAGAAAUCCGUAAAAAUCUCAGAAAACUGUCGAAAACUUACCAUCCAGACAAGAACAAGAAAUAUCGGAAGCUCUACGAAAGACUUUCGUUGGCUACCAAACUGCUUGAAAAUGACUCUCACCGCAAGACAUACGAUUAUUAUCUGAAAAACGGGUUUCCCAACUACGAUCACAGCAAGGGUGGGUUCUAUUUUAGCAAAGUUCAGCCCAAGACCUGGUUCAUAGCUGUUUUCCUGUAUGUUGCCUGUGGGAUGAUCCACUUGGUUAUUCUGAGACUUCAAAAUGACGGCAACAAAUCGCGGAUAAACAGAUUUUUGAGAGACGUUAGAGCUCAAGACAACACUAAUGGAUUGGGCGAAAGACGACUUGUUUUUAAGCAAGGCGCUGACGACGAAGGAAAAGAAAUUGUCGUGAGGCUCGGCGAUGUGUAUGCCGUACAGCCCGACGGCCAAGAAGCUUUGAUAAGCACUAAAGACAUCAAGUCUCCCGGAAUUCGCGACUGUCUGCUCGUUACUCUUCCUCUGUGGGCUUGGAAGAAGUCAUUUGGCCGCUUCUUAUUUUCUAAUGACAAACCAGCAACCAAAAAUGUCGCUCCCAAAUCUGAGGCUACCAAGGAAAAGCAAAAGCCGCGUCGUGUUGACCCUAAGGACAAUACUCUGGAGCUACCGAACGGUAAGGUCUUGCAUUCGAGAAAAAAAAAUCAGUAG